AGGAAGAUGACAGAGACUGCGGACACAGUACAGGAGAGAUGACCAGAGACUGCGGGACACAGUACAGGAGAUGACCAGAGACUGCGGACACAGUACAGGAGAUGACCAGAGACUGCGGACACAGUACAGGAGAUGACAGACUGCGGACACAGUACAGGAGAUGACCAGAGACUGCGGACACAGUACAGGAGAUGACCAGAGACUGCGGACACAGUUAAGGAGAUGACCAGAGACUGCGGGACACAGUACAGGAGAUGACCAGAGACUGCGGACACAGUACAGGAGAUGACCAGAGACUGCGGACAGUACAGGAGAUGACCAGAGACUGCGGACACAGUACAGGAGAUGACCAGAGACUGCGGACACCAGUACAGGAGAUGACCACAGAGACUGCGGACACAGUACAGGAGAUGAUCAGAGACUGCGGACACAGUACAGGAGAUGACCAGAGACUGCGGACACAGUACAGG